CGGAAGCACAAGGUUUUAUUUUGAAAUCCCGCCGCCGGAAAUGUCGCAGGUUUGAUUCCGGCUUGACUCCGCUGUUCCAUUGCUGCUCCGCUGAACUUGGGCAGAACCGAACUCCGGAGCCGAGCCUGUGACCGGACCCUCCGGAGCAGGAGACGGUGUGAGGGCCGGAGACAUGUCCGCCGGUUUAACUCCACUUUACCCGAGUUUGAAGCACCGACCCGCCGCUGUUCGUGCCGCCGAGCCCGGGUCCGCGUGAGGGACCGAGACACAAGUUGAACCGGAGACAAACAGGUUUAACGUUUCACGGUUUACUUUCACCGCCAUGACCCAGCUGCGUCUCCUCCGAGCCGCCGGACUCCAGCUGCUGAAGCCGGCUCCGACUCCUCCGCUGCCCCGGGUGCUGCUGCCGCCGCCGCCGGGGAUAGGGCGACACGCGCCGGGCCGCCGCAUGGGCACACACGGGAGGAGCGAGCCCGGGGAACCGCUGAACUCCCCGAAGAGAGCCAAGGAGUUCAUCUACCGCCUCCAGCCGCCGGAGAGGACGUGUCUGCUGAGGGAGCUGCAGAGCUUCGAGUCCAUGGCCAUCGCUCAAGAGAACCUCGAGCCCUCGCCGCUGACCUCAGCUCAGAUCAGAUAUGUUUUGUUCCACAACGCCAUCCCCUUUGUUGGAUUUGGUUUCCUCGAUAACGCCAUCAUGAUCGCAGCCGGAACACAGAUCGAGCUCUCCAUCGGAGUCACUCUGGGCAUCUCCACCAUGGCGGCUGCAGCUCUGGGGAACCUGGUCUCAGACUUGGCGGGUCUCGGUCUUGCAGGUUAUGUGGAGUCUCUGGCCACCAAACUGGGGAUGCAGGUUCCUGAUAUGACGCCCAAGCAGGCGGACAUGUGGCAGACCAGACUCAGCUCGCACAUGGGUAAAGCCAUUGGCGUGUCCAUUGGUUGCAUUCUGGGGAUGUUCCCGCUGUUUUUUCUGGAUGACGAGAAGGAGAAGGAGAAAGAGAAGGAGAAAGAGAAACAACCCUGCGGAGACGCCACGUCCUCCUAACGAGCCUCGACAGCUGCACCUACAAACUGGAAACUGCUGAUGUCAACAAAGUAUUUACAGUGUGAUGUUUCUCCGGCUGCACUCACGCUGGAGGCAGUUUGGGAAAAUCUGAUGAUGAUGUUUAGUUUUUUGUGGUACCCAUUUUCUGCCUCUCACUAAAAUCCAUUCUUCUUGACGGGGGAACAGUGACGUGGGUUUGAUUCCAUCAUCGAUUCUUCACAUUCACGUCAUCAGACCUCAUGUUUUAACUCUGUGGCUCGGUGGUCCAGUGGGUCGAGAUGAGGAAUCGAUGAUGAGACACGCUCACCGGCUCCUGUCGACUUCUUCCUAAACAUCAGCGUCAGAAACAAACUCGAGAUACAAACCAGCUGUUCCGACGGUUGAAACACUAUUGAAUGCUUUAUUCAUUUUUUAACUUCUUUUCUAUUUGAUUGUUGUUUUGUUUUUGAUUUACACAAUCGACGUCUCUGAAACACUAUCUGGUCAAUUUGGAUCAAAAACACUGAAACUGAAUCUUUAAAAGUAAAAACCAACAGGAACAGAAUCGUCUGCUACCUCGAGAAAUGCUUGAGUUGUUUUGCAUGAAGAAGUGAUGAAGCUCUACGAUCCUCAGAUUUAAAUGUGUACGUGUGUUGAAUAACGAAGGAGGCGUUUGGAAAGUUCUUUCUUUACACUCGUGUUUCAGUAUCUGUGUUUUUCUGUCUUUUCAUUUUCUCACACAGACACUUAGGUGCAUUUCUUUUGAAGCUUGUUUUCUUGUGACUUGAAGCUCCAGAUGUUUGAGAUUCGUUUCACAGCGUCAGGACACGACGCCUCGAGCGAUGUGGAGUCACGUUAUAUUUACAUCCUGUUAUUGUAUUUAAAUCCAAAUCAAAGCUGUAACUAAUGAUUGCGUUGUUGACUGAUAUGCUGAUAAAAUUAUGAAUCGAUCGGUUGUUGAUUCUUUACAACCGAACUGAAAUACAAUCGACGAUAAUAUAAAACAGUUUUUUAUCAGUUUCUCUUGAACGUGAUCAAUCACUGAGACUUCGAACUCUCAGGCGCAGUUUCCUGUCGGCCAAAUAAACGUGAAAAUACAUUUCAUCGUUAUCGAACAGCUGAAAAAUACGUCUGACACGAGUUUACGAUAAUAAAAUCUAGGACGGUGAAAGUUCUCGUGUGACCUAAACUUAAAUCUAACCUUAGAAAAUAUCUUCACUUUUUAAAUUGCAACAGGAAUAAACGAGCCAAUGAUUGAUGCUGAACAGUUCAUUGAGGUUAUUUCCUUCGCUGGUUCCAAAUUGUGAAAAGAUUCUGAAUUAUUUUCUUUGAACAAGUUUGAAAAGUUGACGAAACUUUUUUUCUGGUCUGAAAUCCUGUAAAAUUUGGGACAUUUCCUGCAGAGAGGAGACGUGUUCGUCUGUCGGACCACAAACCUCUGGAACACGUGUGGCUGAAUAACUCAUUAAUCAACAAUAUGCUGUUUGUUACCAUGGAAACCUGAACUUGUAUGUUUGUGCUUCAUCUCAUGUUUUUAUUUCUUUUGCUCUUCAUUGAGAUAUUUUGCACAGUUUCAUCGUCUGAAGGCAAAAUGAGAAAAAUACUUUACAGUCAAAGUGCAAAGGGAGUGUUGUUGUGCUGCCCCCUUGUGGACAAUGAAGCAGCCGCACUGACAUGUUUGUAACAAUCGCGUGUGAUUAAAGUUUGUGUUUUAUUACAUGAUGUGACAAUAAAUCUGGGAGGAUUCCCCUCUGGCUCUG